CCAGCACCAGCAAGUGCUACAUGCAUUGCACAGUCUAGGACCCCUGCCUACCUUCACACACACAUACACACACACAAACACACACACACACUCAGGCAUGUCACACUCCACGACUUGCAGCAUACAACAUGAGAGAACUACCUGUCCUUUACUCUCGGCUGGAUACUUGGGAGGAACAACGCGUGUUGCAGAAGAAGAGUAGGGGGGGAUUGUAAUGUGGCUCAGUUUUGAAGGGGCGCUGUGUGAAAGGAUGUUCAGCAGGAGACCAGAGCAAACUGAGAUGAGGGUAGAAGGGACCAUGGUUAUGUUGAAGAUCUCUGCUUUCCUUGUUGCCUACGCCCUGGUCAUUUGCCAGAUGUACUGCUCACAAGCCGCCCCUGCCAGACCGGGUUUAGAGUCCAUGUCAGACCGAGUCACGCUCACGGACUACGAGGCGCGAAGGUUACUCAACGCCAUUGUCAAGGAGUUUGUGCAGAUGACAGCGGAGGAGCUGGAGCAGCAGGCAACUGAGGGAAACAGCAGCGUUACAGCACAGAAGCGAGCUUGCAACACGGCAACCUGCGUGACUCACCGCCUGGCGGACUUCCUCAGCCGGUCGGGGGGAAUGGGCAACAGCAACUUCGUCCCCACCAACGUUGGCGCCAAGGCCUUCGGCAGGCGGAGGAGAAGCAUCCAGAUGUGAGCUCCAAAACCUUCAGGGAAAUGAAGUUGAAACCUGACGAGAAAACAUCAGAAAAAACCUGAGAACAAAAAUCAACAAAAACAAAAUUGAGCAGAAAAUAAACACUGAACUGGCCCUUUAUCCACUCCUCCACAUUCUUAAGGGAAAAGAAAAAAAGAAAGACACCACUGGACAUCUUGUCCCCAUUUCCAUCCUGUUAGUGAAACCCUUUGCUUUUGGCAAAUAAGAGAAAAAAAAAGAAGAAAAAAAGCACUUUACUUUAUGUACAUGAACAAAUGAACUCCUGAAGAAAGAAAAAAAAACAUCCUUAUGGUUCCUCUUUUUUAUACAUGACUAUCAUUGGAAAAUAAAAUGAAAGCAGCAGUGGUUAUCACCUUAUUUUUUUCCUCCACCUUUCACCUCUCGUUAGAGCACAUUUCUUCCACGCCCCCCCCCCUCAGCUCCCCAUUUGAGAUUCAUACUUCUACAUUUUCCAUAAUUCCCUUUCCUCCCGAGGGUAUCCUGUUUUCCUGUGUGCCAGAGGGACGCCAUUAAAGAUCAGCCUACCCAAGGCCCCCCCACAACGGCUGUUGUCUUGUGCCUUGAUGUAGAACAAUUUACAUGAACAUGAUUGUACAGUUCUGUUUCGAGACGAUAAAGAAGACCCGAGCGAGGAUGAAGAGAAUGAAGACAGAUUAAUAUUGUAAACAAUAUUGUGAAAACAAAUUUCAGCAAGAUUAAAAUGUAUUUUAGAUACACUCGG